CUCAAUCUCUCCUCCCCGUCUCUCCCACUCUUCCCUUCCCUCUCCCUUUUCGGCCUUAUCCCUUCGCGAUCUCUUACGGAUCACUUCCCUCCCACAACGCGCCCGUGGACUAUUUGGCAGAGGUCCUGCUUAGUUUGCUCCUCCAAUUUUACCAAUAUACAGCUUUUCCUUCUCGUCUCUCGUUUACUCAGUUACUAGAAAUAGUGAGGUUUUCGUUUUUCUUCUUAUAAAGCAAAUUUGCUGCUGGCUCGCGCGACCCACCCGCCUGGCGGAAAAUAAGAAAGGAUAAGAAGAGUAGGCAAGCAACCGCAACAGUUCCGUCGGUCAUGGUACGCUGAGGAUCGCACACGACGUCGCCGGGGCUUGUUUGCGCGCAAAGCCCCUUCGCUCGGAGGGCCAUUCCUGUAGCUUUUGGAGGGGGCGGGGAUUGGAUUUUUGCGCACGCACGACGUGGGGCUGCGGGGGAUCAUUAACGGACAAAGCAUCGAAUCAGCGCAUCUUCCCGUCUCAAAGACCGGGCAAUCCAUUGCCUGCAAAGGAUCGCGUUCGGAUUUUUUCUCAUUUCCAAUCUCUAUAUAUAGGGACCGGGAAAGGGAGCGCGAAAGCACGGCGCACGGUUUACUUUUCAUCUUUCUGUCGUUUCUUCCACCGGCCGGACUUUUUCACUCACGAUGUUUUUUAUCCACUUCCUCGAACACGUCCUCACCCUCCACCCAACCUUCUUCGGCUCACACGUGAAGGAAUAUCUGACGCAGAAGCUGCUAGAUGACGUGGAGGGCGUGUGCACGGGUGACUAUUACAUCGUCUGUGUGAUGGAUACGUAUGAUAUUUCGGAGGGGAGAGUACUGCCUGGUAGCGGAUUGGCGGAGUAUACUAUCAUGUACAGGGCUAUUGUGUGGAAGCCCUUUAAGGGGGAGACGGUCGAUGCUAUCGUGACAUCUGUUAAGAAUCAAGGGAUAUUUGCGGAGGUUGGCCCGCUGACGGUCUUCGUGUCGAAACAUUUGAUUCCCCCCGAAAUCAAAUGGGACCCUGACGCGACUCCACCGCAAUAUACUGAUAAUGGAGAACAGGUUAUUGAGAAGGGGACCAAUCUGCGCAUCAAACUGAUUGGGUUGCGAAAUGAUGUGCGCAAUAUGUUUGCGAUUGGAAGCAUCAAGGAGGAUUAUCUAGGGACGUUGUGAUAAUAAUAAUAAUGUUAUUAUGCCAUAUGUCAGUUAUCUUUUUCAUUCCAAAAACUACGUAUGUAUACCAUGAAAAAGGGAGAAGAAAGAAAGGGGAAAAAGUGAACAUAAAAGGCGACAAUAACGGGAUAUAUGGCAAGGGAAGAAGCAGCAGCACAAAGAUGAAAACAAAGCACAAAAAUUACUUCUUUCUCCUCCCGAUAUUCUGCUUUUGUAAAAAAUAGUAGUAUAGAAACAAGUAGCAUGAGUAUGAAACUUUCUAGAUUU